AUGUUCCAACCAGGCGCUGCUGAGCCCCUGCGGCUGAACAUGGAGCCACUCUCCAGCGCCGGAUCCCUGCGCCGUCCUUCCCAGGCUCUCACCGCUGAGCCUGUGGAGCCCCUGCCCGAGAGGUGGCAAGCGGCCCUUCGCAACUUGGACACAGCCAGCACAUGCGCAGACUCGCUUGCCUCUGCCCUCGACGAGGCCCUGUACCUCGACACCAUGGAGUGGCAACGAGCCGUUCCCGCCAGCCAGCAGCACCAGGCCAAGCAGUCCCUGCUGAAUCGAGUGCGAGCCCUGGAAACCCUCCUGACCGAUUGUCGGGGGAACCUGGCAGCAAGCGAGAAGCUGCGACGGGAGGGCGAGGCCCGCGUGCAGGAGCUGGAAGGGGAGCUGGAAAAUAACGCCAAGGUGUUUCGCCUCCACUAUGAGGCGCUGCUGGACAAGGACCAGACCAUCUCCGACCUCCAGGCCGUCAUCGCCGCCCUGUCCCUGGGAAGCAUGGAUCAGCAGGCCGAAGGCGGGCCAGGGAGGACACAGCGAUGA